CCCCAAACAAGCUGAUGUUCAGCAGCACGCGUAAUAGACGUUCCAUGGAUUCACUCAAUCCCGUCAACAAAAUGAAGAUCCCGCUCAUCGGGAUACGACAGAUGCUUCUGAACGUUGUGCGAGUGCCGCUUUGUACAUAUCCAAAAUUCAUGUCGCACCACCAUUUGCUAAGACGUUUCAGACGAUUUAUUUCCUCCACGCAGCUCGCAAAUUUUAGUCACCGAGUCGGUCUGCAAGUUGACAAAUCGUUCCUGUUCCUUGGGUAGAAGGUGUACAAGGUGCUUCCUGUCGAACGAGCAUAAGGCCAAGAGCACAUCAGAAGGAGUUCCCGUUAUGCGCCGAGUAAUAAGUCAAGCUCAUCUUAAGAAGAAGCCGCGAAGCGUGAGCGUUGCCAGUGCGCGCUUCCGGAAGUCGAAGGAUGAGUCUAUUCGCCUUCCCUGCGCCAGAAGAGCGCUCCACGAGCUGAUGUUGUCAA